AUGUCGGCUCGCCUGGCGGGUUACACCGCUAUGGGCUGUUCCAGCAUAGCGUUGGUGAUGGUCAGCCUAUUUGUGCCUGCUCUAUGGGACAAAAUCAAUAGCAUAACUAUUGAUCUUCACAAGGACAUGGAAGAGUUCCGGCAGCUGCAAAAUGGUGUCUGGACAAACAUCCAAGGCGAACGAAAAAGCGGUGGCUGGAAUCACUGUAACGCAAACGCCAAUUGUCCUGCUGGCCCACCAGGAGAGCCCGGUGCUCCGGGUCUGGAUGGCGUACCAGGCCUACCAGGAGCUCCUGGAGCUCCGGGUAUGACUGGUAAUAUGCCGGCGGUGCUAAUGCAUACUACCGAGCAAUGCCGCAUGUGUCCCAAUGGUCCACCUGGAUUCCCUGGCCCUGUCGGUCAACCGGGACCUCCUGGUCUAGAAGGAAUAUCGGGAACGGACGGCAUGCCUGGUCCAGAUGGCCAUCCCGGCAUCCCUGGAAUGCCUGGCUUGCCAGGAGAACCGGGAGCACCCGGAACUGCAGGACCUCCAGGAGAAAAGGGACGAGACGCAGGAUCGAUGGAGAAAGGCCCACCAGGAGAGCCUGGAGAACGUGGAAUGAUCGGACCACCUGGAUUCCCUGGACCAGACGGAAGCCCAGGAAACCCGAGUGUUUGCUAUACGAAGUUAUUACGGAAUAAUGGGUCCUAUGGGACCACCAGGGGAGUCAGAGGAGACCCUGGACCAGAUGGACCACCUGGAUUCGACGGCAGUUCCGGACCCAUGGGAGCGCCUGGAGAGGAUGCCAGCUACUGCCAUUGCCCGACCAGAUCAAAAAUCAAACGACAUAACCGUAACCAU